ACUAUUGCUUCUUGAGCAGGUGAAAAUGUGCAGAGUAGGAUGUGGACUGUGCAAAGCUAGUGACUUCUAAAAGAGACAGGCACAGAUGAGAGUUCAAGGUGGGGCAUUUUAUCAGUGCAGGGGAGCAGCUUUCACUAGGUGCAGGUAUGCAAAACUGUUUGGGGUUUGCAAGAGUUGCAGUAACACAAGCAUGCAACAGCCCCAGUGGGAAGUGAGCGAGGAGGAACCUGCUGCUUGGGAGGGUAGUGUCAGAAAAGGAUCCAUUAUGGAUCCCUUUUUUGUUUAUGUAGGACAGGACAGGACAAAUAUCUUCCUCAUUUAUAUUAUUAAUGAAAACCUUUUACACUCAGGUGAAGAAUUUGCCAUCUCAGAUAUUGGAUGAGGUUAUUUGUUUACCUGUUCACAGUCCACACACCUGUAUUUUUAUGUUUAGGCUACUUUUAAAAUUAGGAUCCACACUGCAAAGUUUGUGAUGGUGAACCAUGAAUCUGUUUUAUUUGAUCAUUAUAUGUGCAAUGAAUGUGCUUUUUCUGUAAGGAGGAUACCUUUCUUACAUCUCUCUACUUGUAAUUUUUUGUGUUCCUUCCGGAAUGGCAAUGGCCUUUGGACAAAGCAAUGAAUAAUACUGCUGUCGCUGGGAGUCUCUGUUACAAGAACACAUUAUUUAACACAAAGCGCUAUCACAAGGGGCCUGAAAUAUGAAAGCCACCAGAGAAAAGAUCACCUUGAACAUUGGGGGAGUCCGAUAUGAGACUUACCUCAGCACUCUCCAAGCCUUCCCUGGAACCAAACUAUGCCGCCUCACAGAGCCCCAGGCUUGUACCAUGUUUGAAUACGAUCCCAACAUCAAGGAAUUCUUCUUUGACAGAAACGCCCAUCUCUUUGAUGAGGUGCUGAACUAUUACAGGACCAAACACCUCCACUGUCCUCAGGAUAUCUGCCAGUCUGUCUUUGAGGAGGAGCUGGUGUUUUGGGAGAUCAGCGAUGCGGUCCUAGCUCCCUGUUGCUGGCAGAAGCUGAGUGACAUGGAAAGCCAACAGGAAGACUACAUCCUCUGGGAUGACAAGAAAGACACAGACAACCAGGGCCUCUUGGUCCAGGGAGAAAGAAGAAAUAAUAGCUGUAGGGCCCGAUGGCAGCCUAAGAUCUGGGCCCUCUUUGAAAAGCCUUUGUCCAGUUUAAGUGCAAAGUUCCUGGCUGCUGUUUCCCUGCUCUUCAAUAUUGGGAUAUGCAUCCUUUUCAUAGGGAAGACGUACAGAGAAACAGAAUUCUUUCACACCAUAGAUGUUUAUCAUAGCAACAGUAACACCACCUAUCUCCGUGAGGCCAAAUUUUUGUUUCACAAAAGGUUCCCUUACUUCCUCUAUCUGGAACUUUUCUGUGUCCUCUGGUUCCUGUUUGAAUUUUCCUCACGACUCACGUUCUGCCCAGAAAAAAAGAAAUUCUUGAGGAACCCUCUGAAUGUAGUUGAUUUCCUUUCCCUAUUUCCAGUUUUCAUUGAGCUUUGCUCACCUGAACACACCUGGCUAGGUUUAUUCCGUGUGCUGUAUAUCCUUAAACUCCUGAAGAUGCUUAAGAUCAUUGAAACCCCUUUGAUGUUCAGAGUCCUGUCCUACACAUCCAGGUCCAUCCUGAGAGAGGUCUUCAUCUUCAUGACGAUUUUUGUCUUUGAAGUUCUUUUCUUUGGUGUCCUCAUUUUUUAUUCAGAGCUGAUUGAAAACAGUGCAGAAACAUACUUUGAUAGCAUUGGUGCUUCCAUUUGGUGGGCAGUCAUCACUUUAACCACUGUCGGCUACGGAGACAUGUACCCUGUUGGUGGAUUCUCCAAAGUGAUAGGAGCCUGUACAGCCCUAUGUGGAGUGCUAACCAUUAUUGUCCCAAUCCCAAUCUUUUUCAGCAAGUUCAAGGGCUACUAUGAUGCUGCCAUAAUCAAGGAGAAGAUGAAGAGGAAACAAGCACCAACACAACCAUCCUGAGAACUCUAGAGUGCCAUGUUUCCAAGUUGUUUGUGGGAAGAAGGAACAGGCUUCCAAAUAGCUCACACAACAUUGCAGACGCUUCCGCUUACUCCAUGCAAAGUAUAGCUUCCCAUUUGAGCAGCUCAUUCCUCUGCGCCAGCACUCCAGCGGCUGACCCGCAUUUUCAAAGAAUGUCUCCAGCCUACAAGGUCUUCAUUCUCAUGAUGUUUAUUGACUUCAAGCCCUUUUGAAAUCUUUUGAAAGUUUCUUGCCACCUUCAAACUCAGGCUGUCUCACAACCUCAUUUUCUCCCCCCCCCCGCUGCCGCAAAUGUCCACAGUUGAGGCCAGAGGUGGGAAGCCCAGGUGCUGCUGGCCUCUCGCCCAUCCUUUGGGAUUCUGUCCAGGCCAUCACACCCCCUGCCAAAGCCCUGCUCCAUGCCCUCCUUCCCCUGGCCAGAAUGUGCCCCUGAACUGUGACAAUGGCUCUUGCUUGCCUAGACUGAGCGCUGAAGAUGCACGAGUUCCUCUCUGUCGGUGUUCUAGGCCUGAGCAUUCUGAUCAAGUGCACGGUUAUUAAUGCUGUCACUUCAGCCCGGGGGGGGGCGAGACUUAAGAGUUGCCAGCCAUAUUUUAUAGUUAUGUAUUUGAGUAAGCAUACACUGCUUUCUUUCUCCAAAGAAAGAAAACCUACAGUGGCUAACAAUACAAGCAAAACACAACUAUUUUAAUAAUAUCGGGGGGGAAUUGAGGGGGGGACAUUCAACAGGAUAUAAUGGUAGCUGCUGCUGCUGCUGCUGCUGCUGCUGCAACGAUUAAACAAUGCAAUCCUAGACAUGACUACUCAGAUGCAAAUCCCACUGGUUCAGUGAAGCUUCUUCCCAGUGGAUAUAGGAUUGAAGCCUAAGACACAUGAAAUGUAAAUCCAGAAACUACACCCACAAAUUCCUAUGGCAGGCAAAUAGUAAGUUGGCAGUAUAUUACUUGCCUGAAACCCAAAUACAUCCAUACUUUCAGCCCCCACAACUCAAAUGCAAAAUACAGAGGAAGGAGAGCUUAAACCCAUCAUUUCAAGGUGGCCUCCUAAACUAUUACAGUGCCUUGCAAAAGUAUUCAGACCCCUGACCAAUGCUCUCAUAUUGCUGAAUUACAAAUGGUACACUGUAAUUUCAUUCUGUAGGAUAUUUUAGUUUGAAACACUGAAACUCAGAAUCAAUUAUUGUAAGAUGACAUUGAUUUUAUGUUGGGAAAUGUUUGUAAGAAACAUAAAAGACUGAAACAUGUUACUUGCAUAAGUAUUCAACCCCCACACAUUAAUAUUUGGUAGAGCCACCUUUUGUUACACCAACACUUUAAGUCUUUUGGGGUAGGUAUGUACCAGCUUUGCACACAAUGUCAGAGGGAUUUUGGCCCAUUCUUCUUGGCAGAUUUGCUCCAGGUCUUUCAGGUUGGUUGGAUGUCGCUUGUGGACCACAAUUUUCAAAGAGCACCACAGAUUCUCAAUGGGAUUGAGAUCAGGACUUUGGGCCACUGUAGGACAUUCACCUCUUUGUUCUUGAGCCACUCCAGUGUUUCUUUGGCCUUGUGCUUGAGAACAUUGUCCUGCUGAAAAGUGAAUUUCCUCCCAAGCUUCAGGUUUUUAGUGUACUGAAGCAGGUUCUCUUGCAGUAUUUCCCUGUAUUUUCCUCCAUCAAUUUUUCCUUCAAUUUUAACAAGAUGCCCAGUCCCUCCUGAUGACAAGCAUCCCCACAGCAUGAUGCUGCGACCACCAUACUUCACCAUAGGGAUGGUGUGUCUUGAGGCAUGGGCAGUGUUAGGUUUGUGUCACUCAUAGCACUUUGAGUUUGGGCCAAAAAGCUCUAUCUUGGUCUCAUCUGACCACAAAACCUUUUCCCACAUCGCAGCUGGGGUACUCUCAUGCUUUCUGGCAAACUACAGACAUGCUUUGAGGUGGUACUUCUUGAGUAAUGGCUUCUUUCUUGCCACCCUCCCAUAUAGCCCAGUGUUAUGCAGAGCUCUUGAUAUGGCUGACUGGUACACCAUUACUCCACUCCCAGCCACUGAACUCAAAGUGAUUGUUGGCCUCCCUGUGGCUUCUCUCACAAGUCUCCUCCUUGUUCGAGCACUGAGUUUUGAUGGACAGCCUUUUCUUGGCAGUGCCUGGGUGGUGUGAUGCAGCUUCCACUUCCUGAUUAUUGAUCCAGCUGUACUCACUGGGAUAUCCAAACAUUUGAAUAUUAUUUUGUACCCUUUUCCUAAUCUAUGCUUUUGUAUUGCAUUAUCUCUCACUUCUGUAGAAUGCUCUUUGGUCUUCAUUUUCCUUCAGACCCACAGCCUGACCAAUGAUCUUUCAACGGUGGGGCUUUAUCCAGGGUUGUGGAGUCGGUACGCCAAACCUUCGACUCUGACUCCUCUAUUUUUCUACUGUCCGACUCCAACUCCAACUCCACCCAAAAUUGCUUCCAACUCCACAGCCCUGGAAAGGGCUGUAAAUGUCUUUUUAAAUUGGAAGCUCUCAUAGGAGCAUUUUUAUCGCUGCCUGAAUAUGCGCUGAUCUUGGCAUCACAGCAUUUGUCUUCAUCUGGGUCCUGUGUCAUACACUGACACACAAAAUGUUUUCCAUCUUGAGUUAUGGUGAAAUGCUCAACUACAGCUGACUUCAUGGGAAGCUUCUUUGACAUUUGGAAUUUAUAUUUUAAAAAAUGUGUCAAUCAAAAUUUAUUUUGAAGCCAGAGUUGGAGUCGGUACAAUUCUACCGACUCCAACUCCACCCAAAAUUGCUUCCGACUCUGACUCCACGAAUCUGACUGUUGCCAUUUUUUUUUGUUUCUUACAAACAUUUCCCAACAUAAAACCAGUGUCACCUUACAAUAAUUGAUGUUGAGUUUCAGUGUUUCAAAAUAAAAUAUCCAACAGAACAAAAUUACAAUGUACCAUUUGUAAUUCAUUAAAAUGAGAGCAUUGGUCAGGGGUCGAAGUACUUUUGCCAGGCACUGUAGUUCAUUCUCUGAGACUGAAACCUCUGCCAUCUAACUGGAGAGGAGCAAAUAGAAGACCCACAUCUGAAAAGGAGUGAUUCCCACUCCAGGUUGGGUAUCAAAUGAUGUCUAAUGGGUGGCCCUCUCCUCAUUCAACCCACCAAGGCACAACAUGAAAAGAGCUAGUGUUAGAUUCUCAGUGUUUAACCUCUUGUGUUAACAGAAAACAGUAGAAAUAUUAUUUUUAAAUUUUUAUUUUAAUUGAAAGAUGAUUCUACAUGUACACAUGCUUAAAAAGACUACCGCAGGCUCCAGGAAGCCUCAGAUUUAUUUAUUUUAGGGAACAAAUUAUAUUCCAAAAAUAACAUUUGUAGCAUGAACAAAUCUAAAGAGUAUAUCCAUAAAUAUAUAAAAAUGCAUGAUAACAUCUGAUCCCAGGUGCAGGUGAAGAGGAGGAUUUCUAUGGUAUAUUUUUGUGUUUUUCUGGCAUUUAGGCCAUUUCUCAACUCUGGAUUGCUGUCACCUUACUUGAAUAAACCGUUUAUGAGUCCCAUGUCUGUGUAUACCUGGCUGGGACUUGUGUCUCACCGUCUUUCCGAUUUAACAAAAGAAAUGAAGUUGCUCCAGGUUGUUGAGAAAGAGGGUAGAAAUUGACUCCCAUUCCAGUGCAUGUACACCUCUCUCUUCUGAAAACGGGCAGAAGACACUAGUCAAACUCUGCCCCCUUUUUACUGGUGGGAUCAGCUUGAGUGGGGUUUUUUAAAUUCAAUUUUAAUUAAUUUUUAAUUUUGCAACUGGUCAGCAGAUCAACCCAUUCCCCCUCCUGGUGUGGCCAAUGGAAACACUUUGAUCUGGAGAGUAGUGUGUUUAUAGCCUGAGUCUGUUGCGUUUGGGCUUCUUAGUGUCUUAAAGUGGCACCUUGGUUUCUCUGUUUUUGGUGUACCUGCUCUGGAUGUUCAGUCCCAAAGCAUUUUUCCAGUGCUGUGUGAUAAUCAAAGAUGUUGCCACAAACAUAAACCUAAUCCCUUUGAAGGUGCUUCCACAUCUUCACCAAAGAAAUCUGGAUAACAAGCACAGGCCGGGGUUUUUAACCAUGGUGUGGCAGAUAACGAUGCUCAUCUCAGCAAUAACAUCCUCCCAAAACAUAUCUGCCAGACGACAUUGCCACCACAGAUGGAAGUAGCCACAUUCUCUCCAGCAGUCUGCUGAUCCCCCUCCCCAGAUGCAAUCCACGUGCAUUGGGAAGAGUACCAACAUAAGCCUCCGGCUUGCUGUCAGAUGUUUGCUGGGUUCUUGUCUUGAAUUUGGUGCUUUACACUGAAUAGUGUCCCUCCAGGGAGCCACAAUUGGACCCAAAGGCCUGGUUUGUAGGUAAUGAUAUGCCAUGCACUAAAGCUUCCUGUUAAUGGGCAGCUUGCACCAGCUCCUCUCCUCCUGGGGCUCCAGCAGAGAAAACAAGCCAGAGCAUGACUUUAGCAAUAUGUGCAUUCCAAAGAAACCAUGAGGUGCAUCAGGUGCAUUACAACCAUGAGUCUCAAGGGAGUGGGGGUUUGUGGGAUACCAGCCAGGGAAGCACAAAGGAUUGUGGGUAUUUUACUGGCAAAUCAUAGGAGGUGACACCAUCAAGGUUCUGGGCCAGCUACAUGUGAAAAAGCUCAGCAUUAAGCAAGUUUCUUUUUUAAAAAAGGUGCUUGACGUAAUGCUUAGUUUGAUCCUCAACACUUAAAAAAAUGUGGAUCACACCAAGACCUCUAGGUACUGAAACCUCCGUUUGGGAGAAGAUGACUACAUACUUAUAGGGAAAAGCAGAGGUUUGAAUAAUUAAACCAUAAAAGAUAUGUUGUAUUUUGCUUUCACGCUACACUAUAUUAAAAGUAAUAAUAUUUGUCCAUUGCAAACGUCUGCAAUAAAUUUUGCUUCACAUAUCUCAGGGCCAAUCUAGAUAACAUUAAUUGAAUAAACGCAAUUAACAUUCAGGGUUUUGUUGUUGCUGUUUAGUGAAGAAGUAAAUGAGGGUUUGGGAGGGGGAAUUCAACACUUUCUCUCCCUGCCAUGCCCCUUACAAAAGCCACCUCUCUGCAAACCAGCUAUUUUCAUUUCAAGGCAAACCUUCCGUGGCACCACCAGACCUGGCACUUUAUAGAGCCACACAAAUGACAGAAACAGCUCCCUGCCCCAGUCAGCCUACCAUCUAAGAAGAAAACUAGAGGUAACGGCUGGCAUGACCCUGGAGACCAGCAGUGACCAGGAUGCUGACUCAGAGCCACAGAGUCAUGGACUAAGGAGCCCUACCAGAUUUCUGGCUCUGAGCCUGGUGCUGGUGAUCAGGGGGCCACUGAACCAGAGGGUGGUAGGCAGGAGCCCAGUACACCGGGGCCAGGACCCUCAAGCCAGAGCACCUUUCUCUAGGAGGGGAACCUUUGGGGCCCAGUGGGCCAGGUCCUUAUGGGCUGUGAUUGACAGGUGAGUUGUCCUGUCCAGCUGUCAAAAUCCCUUGUGCAGCACUUCCCAAGCACCCAGUGAACAGCCAGUUGGUUGUCAGGUGCUUGGAAACCGCAGCGCAAGGUCUUUUCCAGCCAUAUGCUUAGUGCUUGGAAGCCAGGGCAGGCAAAGCACUUCCCAGUGUGCUUGAACUCACCAUCUGUUGGCUGAUGGCUGCUGAAUUCAAUCAGUAGCAGGAAGCGGUUUGCUAGAAACCCGUGCUAAAGCAGUGUGUGUGUGUGUGGGGGGGGAAUUGCACUUUAGCCACAGUUUCAGUGCAAACCACUUCAUGCUGUUGGAGCAAGGCACACUCUUUCCACUCAUCGGGACAGGCAGUGGAAGAGGGCCUGGCUCCAGCAAAAGAACUGGGAGCUCCCUGUGAGUACCUAUGUCACUACCUCCCCCACAUCUGACAUCCAAUAUGACAUUGGGUGGGGGGCAGAUAGGCAUUGUUUGGGGGAAACAGACUCCCAGACCAAACUGAGACCCUGGUGGGCAACGUUGGCUCGGGGGCUGGAGGCCCAAGGAUUGCACGACCUUCCCACAGAACCUUUCCAGUCCAACAGCAGAGGAAGUGCACCGCGUGAGGUGUGUGUGUGUCAUGAAUUCAGGUGGGCUGGAGGGAGAGGCUCAAAGGGUCUCAUUUCAUUUCCAGCCCUUGUGGAAGCGCAUUGCUCACUAGGCGCUCUAGAUGGCGCUGCAUUGCCCUGCGGGCUCCUCCAUGGGACCAGAAGAAGACAAUGGCAGGAGCAGCCACGUUCCCCCCCCCAUGCGGAGGUCGGGGUCUCAUUGUUAUUUACAUUAAAAGCAUGGACUGAGUAGAGCUGAACCCUCCCCCUCACCCACCCGCAUCACUUUUCUCCUCACUUAGCUUGGAUGAUGGAAGCAGGGGUCAAGGGUCUGAAGUGAUGGAACAUGGGAGAGAGCAGGCUGUCUGCAUGACUGCGGCAGAAGGAUGAACAAAUAAACAUGGCCGUCACUGCCCUGUGUAGGGUUGCCAGGUCAGAAGCAUCCCAAACCCUGAGAUUUCAGGGGUGAACCUAAAUGAUGUCAUAGGGGCAGGCCUAAGUGAUGUCACGGGGGCAGGCCCAAGUGAUGUCAUUAAGCAUGAUACAUUAAGCAUCAACCACAGAUGCUUGGAACAUACAAUUCAAACAAAAACAUGUCUCUGAUUGGAAAUUAAGAUAGAAAUCUUAGCUAAAAGAUGGAGCCUGAGUAGGGAACAUUUAAUCUAGCCUACUUGCUUCUGGCAAAAAGGGUUUAAGUGCCUUCAGGCCAGGCCAGUCACCAGAAGGCCGCUGUAGAAAGAAAGGAGCCUAAUGUUGUGGAGAUGUUAGAUGGGAGUGUUGGGGGGGAAAAUGACUUAAGGAAGAAAUAAAGUUGAUUUCGGUUUAUUUGCCCCUGACCUGAGCCAAAUCCCAAGAAGCUUUGCAGAAAGCUGAAUCCACACUUUCCCAUGUUCAUUGAGCUUUAACAGGAAUGUGUCAAAGGAUGAAUGCCAUUUUACCCCAGAAGAAUGUGGAUUGUAUUUGUUGUUGAUCUCUGUCUUUGUUUAGAUGUUCUCUUCUUAGUUGUUUUAAACAUCCUGGCACCAGCUCUUAUCUCAAGGCUGUAGCUGUAUGCAAACCUGAUUUACAAAGGGGGCAACAUGUCCCUGGUAUAUUUCUCACCUCCUCCUUUUGCUCCUUCCCCUCUUCUGACCUCUAUACUGCCAUGGAGUGUUCUUUAUGUUUUAUGACGUUUACUCCCCUGACCUGUAACCUCUCUGUGAAGGUAUAUAAUCUGGACUCUUUCAGUAAACGGGGUUCCCAUCUCUGGAAAGCAUCUUGCUGGAUGGAUUGGGUCCCCUUUGCAAAGGUACUUGUUGUCGUGUAAAUUCCUGGCCUCUGGCAGCGGGUUAUGAUUUCUCAGCUCCGCAGUCUUCCUGGGGUGAACGAGAGGUGAGUAAGGUUGUGGACAGCUUGUGGUUGGGUUUGGACCUAACAGGAGCAUUCGGGAGUAAAGAUGGAUACCCCUGAAGGCUGCAAUUCUAAACACACAUACUAAGGGACUAAGCCCCAUAGAACUCAAUAGGACUUACUUCUGAGAAGAUAUAGUUUGGAUUGUGCUGUUGGUAAAGCUUGACUAGGGAUCCUUUGCAAAGAGAUCCAUAUCCAAGCAGGGUUGGCAACCCCCUGCCUGGAAUGUCCUGCCCUUAUCUUUUAACAUGGAUGCUCCAAACUUCUUUACAGAUUUGACCCUUCAUUUCAGAAACAGGUUUGAGAAAUGAGUAAAAGUAAGAAGAUUCUCUGCCCUUUUCUGUCUACCCUGUGGGCUGCUAUAAACUCACUUUGACAGCCAACCCAAUUCCAGUGAGCAAUCAUUGACAGACAGAAAACACACUUGGUUUGGUCUACCUUCACAGGCAGUAGAUUGGGAACAACAAUUGUAGCCACACUUCCAAAUAUGUGAAUUCUCUUUUACCACUAUUGGGCAAGAAACAAACUGCCAUGCAACCAACAAGGUGCAUCAUCAUCAGGUUUAAGGGGAUUGAGCUGAGAACAUGGAAACACUGUUGUUGCUUCUAUGGAUGAAAGGGAGUGUAGUUAAAGAUAAAUGAAAUGCAAAUAGAAAAGAAAAACAAAACACAGUGAUGAUUUCCUAAAUGUAAUACCAUACCAACCACAAGAUUCCUAUGAGUGAGGCAGAAAACUCAGCAUCCAGAACUAGUCAGGAUUCCUAAACAAACACAAAAGCAAAAAAAAUUCUGGCAGCCAGUCUGCCAAGGUCACAGAAAUCCCCAUGCAGCACAACCUGACCCCAGGGCUGCAGUUAGCGCAGAAUGCUAUGGCACGAUUGCUGACAUGAGUGAGAUGCUGUCAGCGCAUAAUAUCUCUGCUCUGAAAUCAGCACUGGUUGCUGAUUUGCUACCAGGCCAAGGUCAAGCUGUGCUUUCCAUGUUACGGGUGCCACAUAGUACUUGUUCUGCUCUUGUAAGAAAUCAGUUCUUUAGUGUGGCAGCACCUGCGCUUUGGAACUCCCUGCCUAUUGACAUUAGGCAGACACCUUCAUUGUACUCUUUUUGGCACCUGCUAAAAAUAUUAUUGUUUAGGCAAGCCUACCCAGGAAUGUAGAAGCUAUUGUGUUUUUAAUCUGUUUUGAACUCAUUGUUGGUUUUAUUAUUUUGAAUGUUUUUAAAUACGUCUUUAACUGUUUUUGCCAAUAAUUGUAUUGUUUUAAU